CGUCCCUGCCCCUUCUCCCGUCUCUGGCCCGUCCCUCCGGAGCGAAGACGCCGUGGGCGUGGCCCGGCCCAGUUGGAGUAUCGAUACAGCGCACCAUGCGACCCCUCUGCGCAUGACCGUCACUCCGCACCCCUCCCCCUAACACCGCCCGGGCCACCGCUGCCGUCCGCCGGGCCGCGCCAGCUGCCCUCGUCGGCGGCAGCAACAGGCCACAACGGCCACGGAGGACAGGACAGGGGACAGCGCUGCAGGAAUCCUCCGCCCAGGGAAAGGCGCACCAUGUCCUCGAUACGCUCUCGGGAGUUUGAGGAGGGUGCCGGCCGGCCGGAGCGGUUCCCCAGCGUUCGCUCGACGUUCGGCACGCCGGCCGGUCACACUACCGAGAGCGGCCGCGACGACCGCGACGGCCACGACAGGCCGGACGGGGAGGCCGCUGACGCCGCCGCCGAGUCCGCUGACGACGAGGGCUGGGAGGAGGUGCGGCUGCCGGCGCUGGGCAUCAUCCUGGACCCGCAGGCUCGCGCCGGCCGCCGGCUGGUCUGGCUGCUGCUGCUGGCACUCUCCGUGGCGGCGCUCGUCUACUCGGUCCACGAGAGGCUCGGCUACCUGUUCGCCAACCCCAUCCAGAUGAACGUCAAACUCCUGGUCAACCGCACCCUCUACUUCCCUGACCUGACCCUCUGCAACCGGAACGCUUUCAACCUGACCGCAGUGGAGCUCCACUUUGGCCAGAUGCUGCGUGAGACGGGCGCCACAUACGCCGACCACCGCCUGGCUGGGUACAGCCGGCGCCGGCCGACACCCGAGCACGGCCACCUGAUGAUGGCCGCGCUGGUGGGCCACCGGAACCGGACGGCGGCCGACGUGUGGCGGCUGGUGCGACACCGGCUGCGGCCGCUGCUGGCGCGCGACCAGUCGCCGCACGGCCUCCCCGAGUGCUUCUUCGGCCGCGGCGUGCAGUGCUUCGAGGUGGGCCGCUGGCGGGAGGUGGUGACCGUGGACGGCGUCUGCUGGACCUACCACAACAACAACAGCAUGAAGCAGACGGGCGCCUACAACCACCUCUACAUGCAGCUCAUCGACACAGAGCCGCCGGAGCGGCAGGUGUUUGGCACUCCGGGCUUCCAACUGCUGCUGCACGAGCCGCGCGACGACCCGCGCCUGGCCGUGCACGUUGGCGGCUUGCUGGCCACGCCCGGCCAGGCCACGGACGCUGAGGUGCUGCUGGAGGAGGUGCGCAGCAUCCCGCGGCCGCGCCGGCCCUGCCGCCGCAGCGCCCAGUACGCACUCAGCCGCUGCGAGGCCGACUGCUUCUCGCGCGUGCUGCUGCGCCGCGCCGGCUGCGCGCUGCCCUUCAUGAGCGCCGGCCGGCCGUGCAGCACGCCUGAGACGUACCGGCGCGCCGUGGCCGAGCGGGAGCGACUGCUGCGCCGCUGGAGCGGGGCGCGCUGCCGCUGCCUGGCGUCCUGUGACUACGUGCACUACGACCACAUCGUGGACAAGAUCCGUUACGAACGGCCGACGGCACGCACCCGAGUCUUCUACAACCACCUGUUCUUCGAGCGGCGCGCCGAGGAGUUCAGCUACAGCACCUGGAAGAUGAUCUGCGACAUCGGCGGCUCGCUGGGCUGGACGUGCUCGGCCUCCAUCCUCACCGUGUUCGAGAUAGCCGACGUGGUGUACGCCAAGUACCGGGCCCGCCACACGGCCAGCAGGAGACAGUGAGACCGGGGCGCCAGAGAAACGGACCAGUCGUCGGGAGCGGGUGUUCUGAGAAGGAAUCGUGGGGUGAUUGUUGAUAGCGCGCGUGAGUGAAUCGAUGUGAUUUAUAAAUCCAGUAUUGUAUGCUAGAGUAGGCAUCAAAGCAUGUGUAUUACAAGUUUGUUACGCUGUUAAGCCGGCAUUUUAGAGGAACUAAUAAUAAUGAAUAAUGAUGUAUAGCUACAUAUGUCAGCUAGCAUAACAUAACAACUUGUUUAUAAAGUCGUAAAGACCAAUCCGCAUGCCGACUAAAAAAAAAAUAUAUAGUGUUGAUAUUGCAGAAAACAGAUCAUGUAGACAUUUGAUAGCGCGUGGUACUUCAUUGAAGUCAUCGUUUUAUGAUAAGAGGCCUCGUCAUAGCUCAUUGAAAGGCCCGUGUCGAGGGCUGAGACCAC